AUGAUGAUUAAAAACGAACAAUUGAGAAGCACUAAUCAUUUAAAACGUGCUGUACCAAUCACAUCAACGGUAUCUCUUACAUCACAACCACAUUUAUUUCAAACAACAUCAAUCGUCAUUCCUCAACGAUCAACUGAUAUACAUGCAAUCGAUAUAUCUUCAAUUAAAGGCCGAUUCGCAUGGGAAAAAAUAGCACUUGGCGACACCUACAUGCCUGUUAUUUUUCGUGGUACUACAAAAUAUUUUUGUGUUAAAAUGCUUCGUAAAUUAUUAGCUGACUAUCCUGAAGAUAUUAUUCGUCGUUCAGCUUAUUAUCAAUAUCGAAAACCGAUUGCAUUAUAUGUUGCAACUUCAAAUGAACUUGAAUUAUUAAAUAGAAUAAAUUCUCAACAUUCUCAUUGGACAUAUUCACGACAACCAUUUACUGUUGCUGAUGAGCUUGUACGUGUUUCCGAUUUUCUUCCAUUUUAUGAAUAUCUUCGUAUAUCAUUUAAACCAACAUCUAUACCAUCAACAACAUCAACAGGCUCAUUUCGACCAAUUUUACCACAAACUACAAAGCAAUCAUUAGAUUUUGGUUUUAAUAUGCCAAAUACACUUCAUGAACAUUUGACAACUCCACUUGCAACAACAUCUACUCAAAUACAAUCAUAUGUUGCAUCAGAAUCACAUCGUGAAAAUAUUCCAUCAACUCCACGACCAAUAGCACCAGCACCACCUAUACUACGUCCACCACCACCACCAUCAAAAUAUGAUAUGCAAAUAUUAGCAUUAUCACGACAAGUAUCACAACAAUCUUCUACACAACAAAAAUCACAAUUACCUCCACCAUCUAUUCAACAACCGAAAGCAACAUCGUCAAAUACUAUUAUUAACUCAACAAAUACAGUGCUUCCAAAUAAAUCUUUGACUACUCCCGUUGUAACUUCUGUAUCUGAACCAUCAACAUCAACUACACCAAUACUAGCGAACAGUUCUUCAUCACCAGAUCCUAUUGUUUCAUCGCCUAUAGUAACAACUAGUCGAACAUUAUCAACAACGUUAACAGAAAAACAAUUGACACUGAUACCUAAACAGUCAUCAUCAUCAUCAUCAGCAGCAGCAGCAGCAGUAGCAUCAUCAUCAUCACCAGUACCAAAAUCAUCUCAACUUAAUUCUGGUUGGUUACAAAUAAAUAAACUUUAUACACCUUACGUAUCAUCAAGUACAUCAGAUCAUCAUUCAUAUAAAAUACCUAUUAGUCUUCUUACAUUUUAUGAUCUUCUUAAAAAUCCAUCAUCAGAAAAUCAUACAAAUGAAUCAAAAGAUUUAUCAUUUUCAUUUGAACAAACACUUGGUACACCACAAGAAAUUGAACUUAUUAAUGAACUUUGUUUAAAACAAAAUAUUAAACCAUUUUCUUAUGAUACUAAACUUAUUGAUUUAUUAACAUUUUAUCAAUAUUGUUCAACUAAUGUUUUAUUUAUUAAAGAAUUACCAUUAAAUGAUCCAAAAGUAUCUAUUUGUAAAAAUUGGUCAUCAAUUGUACAAAUUAAUGGUGGUAUUUGUCGUUUACGUAAUAUAACAACAUUACAUGAACAAACUGUACCAUUUAUUGGAAAUAAUCUAUUAAAAAAUUUUAUUAUAUCAUCACAAUGUUUAUCAUCAGCAUCAUUAACCACACCAACAGCAGCUGAAAAUGAAUUUCUUCAAUUAAUUCUAUUUUUUAGUAAUAUGUCAAUAAAUUUACAUAAUGCUAAAUUAAUUGAUAUUGAAUCGGCACGAAAAGAAUAUACUGUUGAUUUAAUACUUUUAUUUAAUGAUAAAUUUCCAUUAAAUGUACUUAAUUAUCAACAUCAAACUAAAGUACCGUCGUCUUCACAAGGACAAACUGUUCAGUCAGAUUCUUCAGCAGCAACAAAUACGUUUGCUGAAUCAACACCACCUCCAUCGCCAACAUCACCAUCGACAAAUAAUAAUUCUGUUGCUUCAACAUCUCAACUACCAUUAGCAUCAUCUUCAUCAAAUCGUUAUCAAAAAGUAAUUACAUUUCAUGGUCAUUCAAUGAUAGCUUACAUAUGUUCUGGCAUUGAUUCCAAUGCUCAUCGGGAAUGUAUUUCAAUUAAAGCAUUAUGUAGUAUGCUCUAUCCAAAUUCAUCAAUAAUCGAUAAACUUGAAACAAGAAUGCUUCGUUUAUUACGAUUAAAAAAGAUCAAUCGAUUUCGACCACAAAAUCAACAAACAAUAAGUUUUACACGUUUAGUUGAUAUUCAAGAUAUUGAAAAACAUUGGGAUUAUAUUGAAAAAGGAAUGCAUUCAUUAUCUAAUAAUGAUGAAGAAAAGAAAAUUGUACUAGAAAAUACUUCAUCAUCAUCGGAUAAAGAUUUAAAGGCAAGUAUAGCGAAUAAAAUAGAAAAUAAAAGGAAAAUAUUUGUACAAGAAACUUCGAUUGAAGUCAAUAGAAGUGAAAAAAGAUCAUUGAGGAGUGAAAUGGAAGAUAUACCUAUUGUGGAACAAAUCUGUAAACGUGGACGACUUUCGGCAGACGAUAAUGAUAACACCAAUAAUAAUAAUAACAAUAAUAAUAAUAAUAAUAUUGAACAAUCAAAAUCAAUACCAACAAAUUCAACUCAAACAAUUGAAUGUAAUCAUUCAAAUAACAAUAAUAAUAAUAAUAAUAAUAAUCAUGAAACCAAAGAAGAUAAAAAUGUUGAUAAUGAUAAAAAUCAAGUGAAGACUCGACAAAAUACUCUUCCAAUUUCACCAAUUAAAAUAGUUAAUCAACAAAAUGAUAAAGAUAAUAAAAAGAAAAGAAUUCAACAACCAAAUGGACGACUAUCAACUGAAUCGUCAAUGUCAUCACGAAAACUCAUAAUGCCAAUAAAAAAGAAAAUAAAAAUUAUUAGAAAACGUCGAACACCACGUACACGUUCACGUGCACAAACCAUAGCAGGUUGGCUUCAAAAAUAUAAUAUUGAAGAAUUUUGUAUUCGUUUGGAUUUUUAUAAUCCUAAUAUUGAAACUGCAAAAAAUUAA